CCACGGAUGGAGCAAUGGAGCUGCAAGUGGUAUCUAAAGGGUAUCUAAGGUAUCGGCUUCCGAAAUUAGCCUCCUCUUCUUGCUUCCAAUAUUCGCUUGGCUGCCUCUGCGUCCCGCCGCUGUUGCCGACACCACUCCACUCCACCCAUCCGUCUCUGGUCCAUCGUUGGUGCUGGUGUGGGGGUGGGGGCCGUGGAUGGUGGAUGGUGGAAGUGGCUAUGGGUGCGGAGAAUUUAGUUUAGUACAAAUUCGGCGCAGGAACGGGCGCGUCACUGUCGAAACGGCCCUAUCAGAUCAGUGCGGAGCAUGUUCCCUCUCCUCGAGAGCCAUUCUCGCGUCCUGGACAAGGGCCAGGACAGCUUCGAACUGAAUGGAAACGGAAUGGAUGCGGGCAUGCGCGGGCAGGGCGCUGUUGACGCCGCCGCCGCCGGAAACGAGCUCUUCCAGGGCUAUUCCGACGAGCUGCUGACCUUCGCCUGGGUGGCCUGCAUCGUUUUCAUAAUUGUGGGCGUGCCCGGCAACCUGCUGACCAUCGUGGCGCUCUCGCGGGGUCGUCAGACGCGCAACUCCACAGCCAUCUUCAUCAUCAAUCUGUCCUGCUCGGAUCUGUUGUUCGGGUGCUUCAACCUGCCCCUGGCCGCCUCCACUUUCAUGGAGCGGGCAUGGACGCACAGUGAUCUGCUCUGCCGGCUCUUUCCUAUGCUGCGCUACGGCCUACUGGCUGUGUCCCUGCUUUCCGUCUCGCUGAUCACCAUCAAUCGCUACAUCAUCAUCGCCCACCCACGACAUUAUCCCAGGAUCUACCAGCGCCGUUAUCUGGCCUUGAUGGUGGCCGGCACUUGGGUGUUGACCUUCUCAAUCAUGAUACCCACGUGGCGCGGGGUCUGGGGCCGCUUCGGCCUCGACACUAGCAUUGGCUCGUGCUCCAUCCUGCACGACCAGUACGACCGCUCGCCAAAGGAGUUCCUCUUCACCGCCGCUUUCAUGCUGCCCUGCAUCUGCAUAGUGAUCUGCUACGCCCGUAUCUUCCUGCUCGUUCGUCAGGCGGCCAUCCGCGCCGGAAACAGCAACGCCGCCAAGAACAAUGCCUGCGAGCCGACGGCCACCACCACAGCAGCAGCACCCCAAUCCUUGACCAUGCCCAAGACGGUUGAAAAUAGGGAAAAGGCGAGCACAUCCAUCUCGGACACGGUCCCGGAACACGGCCUGCGACCGUUUGUCGUUGACGAGUAUAUAGCAUAUAUCGAUGAUAAUGCCUCCACCGAGAGUCUCCCCAUCUCGUACAGCAUCGGAAAGCGGGACAGGGAGAAGGAUCAGAAAAAUCUGGAUAAGAAUCAGGAUCAUCAGCUGCCGGUCGAUGCUAAUGUGGUGCUCAAAGAGAGGGAUAAAAACAAGAACAAACAAGAGCUGUGCGCCUUGGGGCGAAGUCAGACCCAGCUGGAGCAGAGCAAGAAUUCCACGAAAAACGCCAACGCAAGUCCCGUUCCCAACGCCAAUCCCAUUACCACCUCGCUGCGCACUUCCUUCACCCGCUUCAGUCCCAGGAAAUCCCACUACGUGUCUAUGGGGAACACGUCGAAUGCCUCGUCCAUCUACCCGGGCCGAAUGAGCGUCAAGGAUCGGCGCCUGCUCAAGAUGAUACUGGUGAUCUUCGUGUGGUUCGUGAUCUGCUACCUACCCAUCACGGUGGCCAAGAUCUGGAAGAGUGCCACCGAGGUGCACGUGUUCAAUAUAGCCGGCUAUCUGCUCAUUUACCUGACCACCUGCAUCAAUCCACUCAUCUACGUGCUCAUGAGCUCCGAGUACCGACGCGCCUACUGGAAUCUGCUGCGCUGUCAUGGCUCUCCCGAUCCGCACCAGCAGCGGAACAAUGCUAACGCCAAUGCCAAUGCCAAUGCCAAGAAAAAGCUACAGGAGUCAGCUUCGAAUCGCCAGAUCAAAACGUGAUUCUCUUUGGCUCUGAUUGCCGAAAAGGAACGUAGCAGAUCACAAAGCAGAUCAAAACAAAGGAAUAAGUAAGUUGUAGGUGAGGAGAGCCGGUCACUGUACACUGUAUCAGCUCUUAAGUAUAUUCAUAUGCGUGUACCAGUAUUGAUAUAUUGGUCUUUGGAUCACUCAAAAGGUUCACAAUUGUCACCAUUUCUAGUCGUACGACCAGGUCGGAUGCGAUCCGAUCCGAUUCGAUCCUUCCUUCCACACAGAUCACCCAUCUACAUAUAUCUAUAUAAAUAUGUAUAUAUAAAGAUAUCUAUAUCUUUAUAUACAUCUAUCUAUAAAUGUACAUCUGAUAAUAUAGGAACUCCAGAAGUAAAAUUGCAUUUUAUACCAAAUAACUUUAAUAUCUGGUUUACAUUUGAAUUCCAUGUUUAAGAACAAUCGAUGUUUGGUUUUGGUUUUAGUUGUUGCUUGUCGCUAAUUAUUGUACCAAUACAUAGAGAUAUAAACAUAUAUCCGUAUACAGACAUAUGUACGUAUCUAUAGCCCCAAUAAAUGCUUCGAAUAAUUGA